CACUCCUUUCCUCAUCCACUCCCUUAUCAGCCCUCAAGCAUUGUCGCAUAUUCUCAACAUGGGAGUCACUGGGCUACCCAAAGCUAUAAAAGACACCAAAGGAACGCUAGCUUAUGAUCUGCAGAACAAGAAAGUUCAUGUCGAUGUCUCAAGUCUGUACUUCGGAUUCUUGCAAACAAGGACCUUCAAAGCGACGUUUAACAGAGUCGCCAAGGAAGCGAGAGCUGAGGCAAGGGCUACGACAACUACCAGCGCAUCAGCGGCUUCUAUCCUAACAGCAACGGCGACUUUUCUCGCAGUUCCCACAGCCCCCGCAGCCCCCGCAGCCCCCACAGCCCUCGCAGUCUCCACAGCCUCAGCAGCGCAAGGCGCGCUUUCUGCUGCAGACGCCAGCACUAGCAGGAGAAGCGGCAUCAAGAAGCGCGCCCUGAGUUUCUCCGAGGCUCCAUCCAAGCGAGGAAAGGCUUGCUCUAGCUAUGCGAGCGAGGUACAGGCUGCCGGAGUGCAACAUCCUGCACUGUUCAUUGGCCCUAAUGGACGAUUGACACCAGACCGACCUGGAACAACAGAGCAGUCACAGAACUACGAUUACAUAGCGCAUGAUCUCAACAAAAUCAUGUCAAAGCACUUUAGCAAAUCGACAACAGUUUUACACUUUGACGGAAAGGCCUCGAUACAAAAGUCUCAAGAGCGACAAGAUCGGGCCAUAUCCCUCAGCAACCGGAUCAAGACUCUGGAGGUGCGAGUUGACAAUGCCAUAGGAGAAAACAGCGACUCUUUGGCCCCCCUGUAUAAGCAAUAUCGAAACGCGUACAAGACAUCCAAGGCAGCGCUGGCAGACAUAAGAAAUGGGCUGGAGAUCUUGGAGUGGCACACCUGCGAAUGUCCCUUCCAAGCAGACACGUAUAUUGCCGAGUUGUAUCAAGCUGAUAACAACAAAGACGACCUCGCAAUCAUUACCGCCGACAGUGAUAUGAUGGUAUAUCAAGGUGUUAGAGAAAUCACUGUACCCGUCGGAAAGUACCGAGAGCUUACCACGUACAAGAAGGCUGACCUGCUCGAGUCUCUGGACCUCGCCUGCGACCGUGAGCUGUUGCUGGCAUCAAUCGUUACUAAGGACGACUACUCCAAGGCACUCCCGUGGCACGGCUUCCAAAGAAACACCAAGAUCAUCCGAGAGACGAGGACCGAGACCGGAGCAGGCGAUGAAUCAACAAUGGACGCGCCAGGAUCCAAGACGACUGAAGCUGAGAUUAUCAAGGAGCUGAUCCAAGAGUAUUUGCAACGGGUGAGAGGAGGACAAAAAAAGGGUGUGGAUGACUACACCCACGCCAUUUCGGCUUUCGUUCAAGUGCGUGAGGACUACCUUGACUCCGCUACGCCAUCGUGCACGACCCACGAGAGAAUACCGGGCAUACUCCAGAAGCUCGAGAAGUGCAAACUGCAAAGGAGAAAUAUGACUCGAGCCUUGCGGACAAAUCCUCCAGCCGAUACACUCACCAGCGACACUUCUGCAGGCUUGGCGUUUUCUUCCCUGUCCAGCACAGCCUGCAGACGCCUGGACAGCAGAUGAUUCUUCAGACCCGACGCCGUCGCCGCAGACACGAGAAAGGGAACGCCCAGCAACGGAGAAAGCGACGCCCCAAAGGCAAAACAAGACGUAAAAAAGCCCGGGAGGCAAAAUGGAGACGAAGCAGUACAAGAGCAGGAACGGCUCGUUAUUCCCCUCGUGUUGUCGUGGACGUCAGCCAGUCAUGCCCGGUUGACAAGG